AUGGCCAUUGUUUUGAGAUUUGUUACUCUAGAUGGUUUUGUUAAAGAGAGAUUCUUUGAUGUUGUGCAUGUCACUGAUACUUGUGCAACAACUUUAAAAAAAGAAUUGAUUUCUGUCCUUUCUCAUUAUAAUCUCCAAGUUGAAAAUAUUAGGGGUCAAGGGUAUGAUGGUGCUAGCAACAUACGGGAUGAGUGGAAUGGUUUGCAAGCUUUGUUUCUUAAAGAUUCUCCACAAGCAUACUAUGUGCAUUGUUUUGCUCAUAGGUUACAAUUAGCAUUGGUGGCAGCUUCAAGAGAGAGAUUAUGGAAAUCACUAAUGUUCUUUGCCAAGCACUGCAACAACAAUCUCAAGAUUCUUAAUGCAAUGCAUAUUGUUUCUACAUCAAAGUUACUUCUUCAACAAUUAAGAGAUGGUGGAUGGUGCAAUUUUCUUGCAAAUGUUAAAGAUUUUUGUGAAAAACAUGAAAUUGAAGUCCCUAAUAUGAGUGCACAAUAUGUUUUUGGAAGAGGUCGAUCUCGUCAACCAAGUGUGACAGUUGAGCAUCAUUAUCGAAUAGAUGUAUUCUUGGUAACAAUUGACUCUCAAAUACAAGAGUUGAAUAGUAGAUUUAAUGAGCAAACAAUAGAGCUUUUGACUUUGAGUUGUGCUUUGGAUCCUAAGGACAAUUUCAAAUCAUUUAAUAUUGAAGAAAUUAGCAAGUUAGCAGUGAAGUUUUAUCCCCUUGACUUUUCUUCUAAUGAGCUAAAUAUUUUGAAAUCUUAG